UUCUUAUCGAUACAUCGAUUACUUUAUCAAUGUUGCCAUCGAUUCCUCUUUCGCACGUGUAGUUCUACCAAAGAAAUAUAAUUUGAAAACAGAAUUUUGCUUUUACGGAAACACUCGCAUUCAAUUCGUCAAAGAUGGUUAAAGUGCAGAAACCGCAGCCCAAGUCGCUGAAGAAGAGCAACAGCAUCGAGGGCGUCUCAAAAAAGAAGAACAAGCCUGAGAAAGCGGCGAAACAGCCCCCAGCAGCCGUCCUGGAAGAAGCCAACAACAAAAAGGGGAAGAAUGCCGCGCUGAAAAAAGCAGAUGGCGCCGUCAAGGCCAAAAAGGAACUGCCCAAGCAGAAGCCCGAAAAGAAACAACAAAAAGGAGAGGGCAAAAAGCCUUUGAUCCUGGCGCCUCCAGAAUCCCCAGCCGCUGCUCCUGCCGCAAACAAAAAGUCGAAAGUGAAGCCGGAGAAGGCAGCCAAGAAGCCUUUGAUUUUGGCUCCUCCAGAGUCGCCAGUGGUCCCAAAAAAAGAAACCAAGGCAAAGGCUGCGGCGCCAGCUCCAGCACCAGCCAAGAAAGCGGCAGCUAAGCGAAAGGCAGAGGAACCGGUUGCCCAGAAGGCUGCUCCAGCGCCGGCAAAGAAGUCCCAGAAGCAGGCUGCUGUAGCCGAAGCUGCAAAAAAGAUCGCCAAGGCCGCUCCAGCUUCCGAAGAAUCCAAGAAGACAACCAAGCCAGGGAAGAAGGACGCCAAGGCAUCUAAAGCUGCUGAAGAUGUAAAGAAAGCCACCAAGCCAAGUGCCGAUGCCAAGCCGGCCAAGGAAACUGUAAAAGCCAAGGCUCAAUCGGCUGCUUCGCUCCAAAAGAAGAACAAACCUGCCCAGAAGAUUUCAAAGCCAGUCAAGGCUCCGAAAGCAAAGAAGGUCGACAAUAAAAUUAAGAACAAGCCAGGCAAGAAAGCCUCAAAGAAAGCAUCCAAAGCCAAGCCACCCUUGGAGCUGACUUUCGAACUGCAGUCUUUCGAUGAGAAAAAGUACGAACAGAUCGUUAGCGAGGGAAAUGUUAAGAAGGUGUGCCAGGCCUUGAAGGAUCUAGUUGCCGAGGAGGUGGCUAAGAAGAAGGACAUUUUCACAGACUACCGCUACAAUCUCCAAGUGGCCAGUUACAAGAUUGCCAGCUGCCCAAAAAGAGUGGUGAAGCUGGCCCUGAAGCACUCCCUAGUGAACGCUGACUCCGAUGUGGCCAUUAUUGUGCCUGAUUUGCAGCGGGGCGCCAAGUUCGACUUUGAACCCACCAAACAGCACUAUGAGGAUCUUCUCCGGGAGGCAGGUGUUACCCAGCGUCUUACCGUCGUUCCGUUUAACCAGCUGCGCAACGAGAUGGGACCAUUCGAGGCCAAGCGCAAGUUCCUGAACACAUACGACUACCUGCUCUGCGACGGUCGUAUCUCUGGCCAGGCGUCCUCGUUUUUGGGCAAGUUCACCCAGAAGCCUCGCAAUGUUCUGCAUGCCGUUCGUCUUAGCAAGGACAAUGAUAAGAUUGCAGAGGAGGUGAAGCGCGCCCUCCACCGCACUGCCUUCCGGCAGCUGGCCAAGGGCGAUCUAACUACCAUUCCGGUGGGCAACCACGAGCACAGUGCCGAGCAGCUGGCUGAAAACAUCCUGCUGGUGAGCAAGCAACUGCAGCAGGUUUUUCCCGGUGGUCUGGCCAAUAUUCGUUCGCUGUACGUCAAGAUCGACAUUGUGGGUACAUCGGCCCUACCACUGUACGUCAGUCUGUGUGCCCCACCGGCCGAGACUCCGUAUGUGGUCGGACCACGGGAGCAGCGCAUGCUUAAAUUGAAGAAACAGGCCAACGAGGUGUUGUCCCGAUUCGCGUUGACCAAGGAUGCCGAGUUUGUUAAACUCUCAGGGGAGCAGGUGAAGCGCAAGGCAGAGCUGCGUCAGAAGAAGGAGGCCCUUUUGGCCGCUGAUGCUGCGCCCAAGGACAACGACGGCGAGGACACGGCUGUGCCUACGAAAAAGGCCCGCAAGGAGGCGGCCAGCGAGAGCUCUAAGGCUGAGCCUGAGUCCGAGGAGGGCGACGCUGAGGAGGACGACGAGGAAGAAAGUGCGGGCGAAAGUGGAGAGGAUGAGGACGGCGAGGAUGAUGAUGACGUCGAGGGCGAGGACGAUGAUGAAGACGAUGACGAUGACGACGAUGAUGAUGACGAGGAGGACGAAGAGGAAGAUGACGAUGAUGAUGAUGACGAGUAAUCUUGCUGCGCGCAUAUUAUUUUUCCUUUAGUCGUAGGUUUAUUUGGAUAUUUGCAAACCAUUUAUACUGUAACCUGUUUGCAAUUUUUACAACAGUUUUAAGUAAUAAACGAAUGUUUUAAGAA